AUGGACCGGAAUGCUGCCAUUUUGAGGGCUGGGGGGCGACAGGAGGAGCUGUGGGUUGUAGAGACGCAGGCGGACACGUCGCCGUACGCCAAGGCAGGGUUCCACGGGCGCCUCCUGUGGGCGACGUACCGGCUGAACGGGCUCACCAUGGUCUACCCGCUGGACCUGUACGAGGUGCGCCUGCUCGACCUGUCGGACAACCGCAUCCGCUCCGUGCACUCGGGGGCCUUCUCCAACAUGCGCCAACUGCAGCGCCUCUCCCUCGCCCGGAACAUUCUUACCGAACUCAACAAAAAGGUGUUUUCUGGCCUCAGUUCGCUGGAGUUCAUCGAUCUUGCUCAGAAUCAGCUCAAGUCCUUGCAGGUUGAUUCGUUUACCAGCGUCGAGAGCCUGCACUUUCUCAACCUCUCUGGCAACGCUAUUGAGAAAAUUGAGCCACGAGCACUGUUCGCCUUCGCACCGAAUUUACAGGUGUUGGACCUGUCCCACAAUAAGCUAACCACCCUGGAGGAGAACGUGUUCCACGGGCUGUCUGGACUUACCGAGCUCUACCUCUCCGGUAAUAGUCUUCAGACACUUGACCUCGCCAUGUUGGCUCCAGUCGACGCUCUCCAGGUGCUGGACGUAUCGGGCAACAUGCUGGACGGAGUGGUGGGCAGUGGCCCCAAGUCAGUACGCGACGUGCGGGCAGGCAACAACCGGUUGUUGGAGGUGCAACAGUUGCUGGCUGGCUUCCCGUUGGCCACCAUCCUGCGCGUGCCCGACAACGCCAUCACCAGCCUCGACGGGGUCGGGCUCCACAAUCUCGUGGAGCUGGACAUCUCGGGGAACCCCCUGUCGUCCCUGCCGGCAGAGCUGUCGGCCCCGUCGCUGCGCCGCCUGGUGGCGUCGCGCUGCAGCUUCGAGUCGGUGCCGCCGCAGCUGACGGGAGACCGCCUGCCCAGCCUGGAGGUCCUCGUCCUGGACGGCAACAAGCUGCUGCGCAGCGUCUUCUUCCCGAAGAACGCGGCCUUCCUGCGCCUGCGAUACCUCUCCCUCAGCAGCCUGCCGCUUCUGCAAGAGAACCAGAGAAAUGGUGAUGCAAGGUGGGAAGGCUGCCUGCAGAUGGGACUCAAACCCAUGCUGGGGUUGAGCAUCUGGGCUGAGCAAAUGGCAGACCCGACACAACAGGAGACAGACUAUUAUUGCAAAUCUAAUGAAACUGUAUUUGAUCUUCUGCUAAAAGAGGUGACUGCAGGAGCAUUUGAUGGGUUACUGAAGGCAGAAACAGGUGACGUUGCAGAGAGUUCUACUGGUGGUGACAACUGUAGAACUGGCACUCUGCAACUGCGACUCUCUCACAACAACAUGCUGAGCAGCUUGCAGCCAGACUCUUUUCAGGGAUUGCCUCUGUGUACGCUGGAUUUGAGUGGCAAUGCCCUGGAGACCCUAGAUCAGACUACAGUUCAGUGGGAAAAUCUAGAAUGGAUUGAUCUGCAGCACAAUCCUUGGGAUUGCCAAUGCUCCCUGCAGUGGAUGGUGGACACUGUCGUUACACUUCUAUACCCAACAACUCAUGCUGACCUUCUGUACGAGCUCAGAUGUAGCACACCUGCAGCAUUGCGAGGAAGAAGAUUAGUACAUUUCUUCAAUCAGUCGAAGCCUGCACUGUGCAGGGAACCAUUCAGUCGCAUGACAGCAGCCUCAGACGGAGAUGUGAAUGUCAGCCUUACUAUGGGUGGCUCAGGUGUGGCACUUGGUGUCAUACUAGGAUUGUGUGUGCUGCUGAUCAUCCUGAUUGUGAUUGGUGUUGCUCUCACAUGGAGACGGCGAACUGCUGUGCGCAGGCGAAACCGCCGUUUCUAACCGAUGAAAAUGGUAAGGUCCCGAAAACAUUAGUUUACAUGAAUCUCCACAAAGCAGUGAAUGCUGAUGUUGGAUUUCAUGAUGAAACAUACAGCACUACAGACUGGGAGUCACAGGAACAGAUGGAGUCUAACAAAAGCAGAGACUUUUGCAAACAAUCUGCAACCAAGCUCAACAGCCUGCCCAA